GACCAAGUCUCACAACAUUCAUCACUAUAAAUAAAACCUUACUCUCUCUACCAACUCACACAACACAACACAACACAACACAACAUUCAUCAACUACUGUUGAAACCACAGUGACCUCAAUUUGAACUUCAUCAUAACCAUCAACAACAAUGUACAAAAACAAAUUGCAAGAACUAUGUCAAAAAAAGUCAUGGGAUUUACCAGAUUAUGAAACCAAACGAGAAGGCCCACCGCAUAAUUCUCGUUUCUUAACAACCGUUACCGUAAAUUCCGUACCGUUUACUCCCCCUACAGAAUCGCGAACAGUUAAGGCGUCUCAAAACGACGCUGCUAUGCUUGCGUUUAAUCACUUCUCUCAACAACAACAACAACAACAACAAAACCCUAUUUCUCCACCUUUUUUGCCUAAUUUCUCCUCUUUUCCUCAACCUGCAAUCUCUGCUUCCUCAUCGUCGCGUUCUGAAGGUUUGCUUGUUCACAGCCCUGAUGUUAAUAAAACACUUCCAACAAACAGCGUGUUGCAACCAAAUUCAGAACCAGCAUGCGAAACUUCUCAGAUUAGUAGCCCUGUUGCAGAUGUUGCUGAUGUCAUGAAAUCACAAGAUCUAAAAAAUAUGAAUAUGAUACAUUUGUACAAGGCUCAACUGCAAAUCUAUGCUCAAAAGAGAAACUUAAAGCUUCCAGAGUAUUCUCCUGAGUGGGAGGGUCCACCUCAUGCCAUGCGUUUCAAGUGCAAAGUUACAAUUGAUGGACAGACCUUUGAGAGUCCUAAGUUCUAUUCUACAUUGAAGGAAGCUGAACAUGCAGCAGCUGAAAAUGCUUUGACAUCAUUAUCACCAAGUGGAAUUAAAGAGGAUGAAAUUGUGGUUUACAAGAACCUUUUGCAAGAAUUGGUUCAAAAGGAAGGAUUGCAGUUGCCUGUUUAUAGUACCAAUCAAUCUGGUGAGGCUCACAAGCCUAUAUUUAGUUCACAAGUGGAGAUAGUAGGGGAGAUAUUUAUUGGACAAGAAUCUAAAUCCAAGAAGCAGGCGGAGAUGAGUGCAGCCAAAGUUGCAUAUACAACUUUGAAAGAACGCAAAGCUCUUGGUGGACAAGCUCCUGACUGCGCAAAGGAAAAUGUCACAACUGGUGAGCAGCAACAUUCUAAUGGAGAAUCAUCUGUAAGUACUGGAUUAGCCAUUGAGAAUCCAGCUGACAAAGAUAAAGUGGAGAAAAAUUUGUCACCUGAAAAUACAAAUGGCUGCUCUGGAGUUUCUAUAGGAUCAAAGUCCAAGGCUAUUCCUUCGGUCUCUGACAGCAACAACUUUGAUUUUGAGACAAGCAUUGUGUCUUCAAAUGCAGUAAGUUCCCCAUCGCGCCCAAAAAAGCUCAUUGUUUACUCAACAAAGACAAAUGUUGAAAUUGAAAAGGGUGGUAAUGUGUUGCCGAUUAGCGAUGAUAAGUGGAUUGCUUAUUCGUAUUCUCAUUGAAAUGAUUGGAAAGCUGAAUGUCAGGCUCCCUAUCCGUAUCAUAUUUUGUUGUUCGAAUGUAGAAAGUUAAUUGGAGAAAGCUUUGUCAAUGAGAUAAAACAAUCUUAGGAUUUAUGCUUACAAGCACACUGAUAACUGUAGCCAUUUUUACCAUUGUAGCUAACAUCUGAUUACAAUUCGGUAUUAUCAUUUUUACCGUAAUUGCUUGCUGCAUGUCUUUCAGAUUAAUUUGCUUUCUCCGAAA